GUCAUGCGUCGCUGAAGAAGAAAACAGCAGCGGGUGGGCUGCAGCUGCACUUUCUGCUGUUUUUUCCUUGCAAAUUACGCUACCACGAUAUUUAAAACCAAUGGCUGGAGGUACAGACGGCCCAGAAUGAACUAAUAGCAGCACUUCAUGCCAGUGCACUGAAACAUGGGUCUUAGCAGUUUUCAUGUUCUGCUGCUGCUCCUCCUGCAGGCUCUGCUGGCAUCAGCUGAGGGCUCAGAUGAACACCUGGUGUGUGUUUGCGAAGGCCCAAAAUGCCUCCAGGCCUCACAGUGCCACGGUACCCAGUGCUUCUCCUCUGUUAAAGUUGGCAGCAGUGGGAUUGUGUUUGAGCGCGGUUGUCUGAAAGGUCCAGAGAAGAUCCUUCUGCAGUGCUCCACAGCUCCGUCCUUCCAUCAAGCCAUUCUUUGCUGCUCCCAGGACCGGUGCAACAGCAACACCACCAGCAGCCUGCUGUUGUCUCUUCUGCCAUCAGUCCCUGAGGGUGAACCAGUUCGGUACCGUGUGGAGACAUUAGCUCUCUUCGUUCUGGCCCCAGUGGUCAUACUGGUUCUGCUUUCCGUGGUGUCGGUGCUGGCGUGCAGGAGGCUCCACCACGGCCGCCUCCAGAGGCUGCAGGAGUUUGACACCGAGCAGGGAGACGGACUCAUCACCUCCAACGUGGGGGACAGCACUUUAGCGGACCUGUUGGAUCACUCGUGCACUUCAGGCAGCGGUUCAGGUCUUCCCUUCCUCGUCCAGAGAACUGUAGCCAGGCAGAUCAGUCUGGUGGAGUGUGUAGGUAAAGGGCGGUAUGGAGAGGUGUGGCGAGGUCAGUGGCAGGGGGAGAACGUCGCAGUGAAAAUCUUCUCGUCGAGAGAUGAAAAGUCUUGGUUUAGAGAAACGGAAAUCUACAACACGGUGCUGCUUCGGCAUGACAACAUACUGGGGUUCAUGGCAUCCGACAUGACUUCUCGUAACUCCACCACUCAGCUGUGGCUCAUCACUCACUACCACGAGAACGGUUCCCUCUAUGACUACUUGCAGCGCGUUGCCGUGGAGACAUCCGAAGGCCUGGCGAUGGCAGCUUCGAUAGCGUGCGGCCUCGUGCACCUGCACACAGAGAUCAUUGGCACAGAAGGAAAACCUGCCAUCGCUCACAGAGAUCUGAAGAGCAAAAACAUCCUGGUGACCAAGGAGCUGCGCUGCUGCGUCGCAGACCUGGGGCUGGCUGUGACCCACUCGCAGGCAGACAACCUGCUGGACGUGGGCAACAAUCCGAAGGUUGGCACCAAACGCUACAUGGCUCCUGAAGUGCUGGAUGAAACCAUUCAGACCGACUGCUUCGACGCCUACAAGAGAGUGGACAUAUGGGCCUUCGGACUGGUACUGUGGGAGAUAGCAAGACGCACAUACAGCAACGGUAUUGUUGAGGAGUACAAACCUCCGUUUUACGACCAGGUGCCAAAUGACCCCAGCUUUGAGGACAUGAGGAAGGUGGUGUGUGUGGAGCAGCAGAGGCCUUUCAUUCCUAAUCGCUGGUUUUCAGAUCCUACGCUCUCUGCUCUGGUUAAACUGAUGAAGGAGUGUUGGUACCAGAACCCCUCGGCCCGACUCACAGCGCUGCGCAUCAAGAAGACUUUGGACAAGAUUCACAGCUCUCUGGAGAAGGGCAAGGAGUCAUGAGGGUCAGAGGCAGCGCCAUGGAGUCAGGGACUGGCUGCAACUACAGCUCCGAGUAUUUUAUUUUAUUUUAAACAAGAAGAAAGUAAUCGGAAGGAACGAUGAAGACUCGAGCUUAACCUUCCUCUGACAUCCCUCCGUUGGACUCAGAGCCCGUGUGGACGAGUCAUGUCUGACAAAGGGACAUGAAGCAGUCGUCUCUGCUCCCACUGAGCUGAUGUGUGGUCUGCUGGUGUCACUGGGCUGUAUAGUAAUGCACCUCUGGGUUCCUCCACACGCCGACUGUCUCCUGCAGACAGUUUGACCUCCAGCCAGGUUUGGGCCCGUGGCGCUCUGCUCAGAGACAAUCAGAAACGCUGCACUUCAUCAGAACACAACUGUUGCCACACAUACACAAAACGCUCACACACAAAAGGAAAAGGAGCCACUAGAAUCAACCUUUUUUUUACCUUUAUAAAGCAAAUAUUACUGAUAUUUAUGUAUUAAAGCUCCACCGUUACUACUGAGGAUAAAUGUAAGACUGGUGUAUGAAACUAAACGUAUGUAAGCAUCAACUUUAUUAGACUUUCUAUAACCUUAAUGACACUAUCAGGAAGUAAUCACACACUGAGUAAAGGACUUUUCUUGUACGGAACAUGCUGGAUAUAAAACUACAGGGUUGUUUACACAGGAAGAAACGGUUUGUUUUAAAGGAAAUCUAUUUACAAGUAGGAACAU